GCAGCCCCCGUGUGUCUGUUAUCAGUUUUGAGUGCCGCUUUUUUCACUGGAAACACCCGAAAAAGCAGCCAGCAAAUCUGCUCCUUACUGGUGCCAAAUCUAGUUUCGUUGACUCAUUAAUCGGCCGCCACCCACCGCGCAGAUGAACCAUUCCACCGAAAUCAUCCUCACAAUAUCCGGCAUCGUGCUGGUGCACGGUUUGAUCUUCUACUUCUUUCUUAGCAAAUCGCGCCUCAUCAAGGGAAAACAUGUCGUCGUGACCGGCGGUUCCAGUGGAAUCGGAUUGUGGGCGGCGGUCGAAUGCGUGCGAUUGGGUGCCCACGUUACCGUCGUAGCCCGCAAUGUGCCACUUCUCGAGAAAGCCCUGCAAGAACUGGAAAAGUGGCGGGUUCGCGACACUCAAAAACUCCACUUCCGUUCGUUGGAUCUGUCGCGCGAUUACGAAGCGGUCAGCAAAACGCUGGAUGAAUUGGAGCGUGACGUCGGCCCAAUCUAUAUGCUGGUCAACUGUGCAGGUAUGGCCAUCUGUGGUACCGUUGAGGACACAUCCGUCACGGACGCUCAUCGACUGAUGGACGUUAACUACUUCGGCACGUACUAUCCGACGCGUCACGUGCUUCCAAAGAUGAAGGCAGCGGGUGAUGGAAUCAUUGUUAUCACCGCUUCCCAGGCCGCCCUGAUGGGUGUGUACGGGUAUGGGGCAUAUGCGGCGUCCAAGUUUGCGCUGCGCGGACUCGCCGAAACCAUCGCCAUGGAAGCACGGCACCGCGGGGUUAGUGUGACACUGGCGCUUCCGGCCGAUACCGAUACGCCGGGCUUCGAAAACGAAAAUCGCAGCAAACCGGAAGAGACGAAGAUCAUUUCCGGUUCGGGCGGGUUGGCGAAGCCACAGGACGUGGGCCGCAAGAUUGUGCAGGAUGCGCUUAAGGGGUCGUUCUUCUCGAUUAGCGGUCUCGAAAGCUGGGUGCUGAGUAUUCUGUGCGUUGGAAUGGCACCGUGGAAGGGACCGCUGUUGUGCUUCGCACAGUGCUACCUUCUCGGGCCACUCCGGUUGCUCGGGCUGGGAUUGCAAUGGAACUUUCAGCGCAUCAUCAAGAACUGCGCCAAGCGGCGAGAGCAAGCCUAGGCCGGAGACAGCGUUGCAAAAGCACAAAACAAAACCCACGAAAACACAGUGAACGAUUCCACCAAUAAGUAUUGUAACCUAGUGAGGAAGAAAAAUACCGUAUUUAUGGGCAACAGCACUUGACAAAUCUUCUUUUACUAGCCAAAUUCCUAGAGGUUGACACGUUGAUCGUGGAGGUCAAAAAAUACACAAACCUGUAGCAGAAACGUGGGCGUCUUGUUUGCUCCUUUCCAUAUCACAAACACGCUCGGUGCAAGUAAAAGGCAAGGAUUGAAGCUUUUUUAUUUAUUCAUCAAUUUGUUAACUAACUUACCACUUCUAUAAGGUUCUUUAUACACGUACAAUAUUAAACUAUGCGCUUCACAUCAACAUUUAAAUCACCUUUUCGAAUCGAGCGAACCAAACAGAGCGUACACAAACGGGUUUUGAGUAUAAAUUCUAUUUGCUUCCAGGUGAAUAUUUUUAUUUAUCCUAGUUUCGCCAUUUUUACACAAAUUCUUCCUCCAUAACAAUUUUAAGUGUUGUUUUUUGCAGUACUAUGCAUGCUUCAUAGAAAUAGAUCGAUUGGUGUACAAAAAGAGCAGAGGCGAGCGAUAGAGAGAGAGAGAGAGAGGGGGGAAAAUAGGAUG